UUGGAUAAAUUAAGUUCAUGGGAUUUAAGGACGAGAUUUCUGUGUCUGCUGCCAAAGUUUUCGCUCAGAUUCGCAUCCUGUCGUCAAUGCAAAAGUUAAGUUUAGUUACAUUUUAGCUUGCUGUCUGUGGACGGAUUUUUUACUCGAUCACCAUGUGGAUCUUAAUCAGGGUUAUCCUGUUUUCUUUCGUGAUAACGACGACCGUUUCUUCAACACCAUCGGAAGAGAGGACGGUUUUGGAAGGACUCCUUCGAAGCUACGAUGGCUCAGUUCGGCCGUUUCAACAAGAUUUGGUUUAUCGAACAUCAAACUUGUCAACAAUUAUUUCUGUGAAUAUGUAUGUCAGAUCGAUAUCAAGCAUUGACGAUGUCAAAAUGGUUUACGAGGCACAACUAACCUACAGGAUGCAAUGGUUGGACGAGAGAUUGAAAUUUAGCAGAGACAAAGCUAAUUAUUUAACUCUGCCUGGAACUUUGAGUCAAAAAGUGUGGAAGCCGGAUUUGUUCUUUUCAAAUGAAAUGGAAUAUCGGUUACACGAUGGAUUAAGCAAAAACGAAUAUUAUCGUGUGUACCCGAACGGAGAAGUUCUCUUCAGUGCGAGAAUCACGCUAAAACUCCUGUGUCCUAUGGCAUUGCAAAAGUACCCGUUUGAUACUCAAGUCUGUCCCAUUAGGAUGGCGAGCUACGGGUAUACAACGGACGAUAUCAUAUUCGCCUGGAAAAGAGAUGAUCCAGUCCAAGUGAAUUCUAACUUGUCCCUACCUGAAUACAAACUCACCACGAUUGGUACAGAAAGGUGUGAUUCAACGACAACAACAGGAAGGUAUAGUUGCCUCCGAGUUGACUUCCACUUUCAGAGAAACACGUUUCCAUGGUUACGAGACGUAUAUCUCCCCAUGGCGAUUUCGAUCCUCAUCGUUUGGCUAUCUUCAUGGAUGGACGUGGAACAAAUGGGCCGAGUUUGGGUGUUAGGAAGUGCUAUAUUCUACUGUAAAUGGAUUGCAUUUAAUCACACGGCCACGACCUUGCGACUAAUUUCUUACUCGACAUCGUUUCACUGGUGGAGCUGGGGGUGUGAUGUUUUAAUUGGGUGGGCCAUUCUAGAAUUUGUCGUGGUACAACGUCUUUCUUCUGUGGAAAGAGGGAAAUGCAGGUCGUGUCAGAAUUUCAUGGAGAUUGUGAUGAGAAUCGGAUUUUUGGUCGGAUUCGCGAUGGUGAUUUCCUGCUGUUACGUCAAGUACCUCGAUCAAAAUGUGGAAUGAAAGAGCUGAUAUGUUGUGCAUGAAACACUUACAAACUAAAUUCUAAAUUGAUAUAAUUUUUGAAAAAAAAUGUCAAAUUUCGAACCGUUUCAAUAAAGAAUGUGACACUGAUAUGUAUGGUCAUGGAACAAUA